UGAUGGCAGUGGCAGGUGGUGAUGAGGACUGGGCCGGACCUCUAGCCGCCCUGUUCACCCCACUACGAAUGCCCUAUCUGACCCGUGGCACAUCACCCCUGAUUCCAAUGACAAAGGCCUAUCUGGUCUUAAAAUCGAAGCCCAAAAACUCAGCAUGGUUUUACAUGUUGUCUAAAUCUGAGCCCAUUGUCACCGCCUCCAGGAAGCCUUCCCAGCCUCUUAGCAAUUUGUUAACUGGAUCUUUUGUGGCCUUGUCCCUUGUACGUGCUGCCUCAGAGCCCCUGAGCAUGAUGUCUUCCUCUUUGUGUCGGUUUAUGAGUGUGAACGUGUAUGUGUGUGUGCGCACACGCAUUUGUGGGGUUUGUGUGUGUGCGUGCGUGUGCGUGCGCACGCACACGCAUCAGUGCCUUCCUGAUCUUCUGUCCCAGCCAGGCAUGCUCUCGCCCACUGGGCCUGUGCUGGGCCCGUGGAGUCGACGAGACCCAGCGCUCAGCUUCCCCGGCACCCCAGGUGUUCCGGAGCCGGUGGCCAGAGGAGCCCUGACAGUGGGGAGAGCUGGUGGCCGAGCACAGGACCCGGCCGCUGUCCCUUCCUCUGUCUACCCGGCCAAGCUCCAGGCUGGCCUCCAGUAUCCCGAGAGUCGGGAAUGGUCCAAGAUUGCUGCGGAACUGACGCACAGCGUGGAGCAUGACGGUUGUCUGCGCGCCCGGCCUCCUGUCUGAGCUUCUCCCACGUCACGGACUCAUCCAAGGGCACAUUCCCUCAUCCCUGGCCAGAGCGGGAUGGCACAGGGGAAGCAUUGGGGGACAGACCUCUAAGCAAGGCCUGGGGCAUCAGGGGCAGGCUGGCUGCGGGCUCGGGCUGCGUGCGGCCACAGAGUGAGGAGGGGGUGGAGCCCCCAUUCCUGGGGGUCAGCGCCACCCACCACUGCUGGAGCAAGACUGUCCCCCACUCCUGUGACUGCCCUGAGGGCGACUGUCCUCCCAGGAUGCAGUGCUUGUCCCUUACCUGCAGGCGAGGGGACGCUGGGCCCCAUCGGCUUGGGAAUGGACGCAGGGCUGGACUCCAGGGCUUGUCCCACCGCAGCCCAGCCCCCCAGACCCAUGGCUGCCCCCUGCCCUCUGCUCUUCCUCCUCCUCUGGCCUCACCAGCCACUGACAUCCUAGGCCCAUCCAGGGCCCGGGCGCCACCUGCCGGCUGCGCACCCACCUACCCGAUCUCUG